AUGGUCUCUUCAUUUGCUGCUUCGCGUAACUUGGAACAGUUGGCUGACUUAUCAAGCGAUUUACUGCUCCUCCUCAGCACCUGCGCGCUAAAAGCUAAACGAAAAGAUAUUUGUGAAUCUGUUGCUCAAGCUUACGAAGAACUGUUCAAUGUCGUAGAUGAAAACCUGGUAAUACAUCACCUGUUGCUCAUGGAAAUACUCCUGCUUGAGACCGAUGGUGAAUGUAACCAAUCACUGAUAUGGCUGAGUCGCCUUGCAAAAUGCGUAACGAAGUCACUAAAGAUUUCAAAGGAUAUAAAAGCAAACCACCUGGUCCCAAUCAUUUGUAACAUGUUUUACAAAGGAAUCAGGGAAUACACGAGCAGCAGCCGGAAAGUCGCUUUGAUUCCGUAUCUGAGAACGGUGGUUCAACUGUUGUCAGAGUUCGACGACCAACCCUACCGUUGGCUCAUUCUUUUUGUCGUGCAUCUGUUCGAUGCAUACAUGCUCUCUGGCCAGCGAAAAGAAGCCAUUCAGCUGUUCGAUGCAGCGAUUGGUGGUCCAGCUCGCCGUGUUCCUGACUAUAUGGUCCGACUACUGGCCAAAGCAUCUGCGGCCAACGUGGCCAGUGCGGAACGCACUAUCGCUUGGGCACUGGGUGUACAUGGAGGGUCGUUGCCAGAUUCGACCAAGAAGUCUCUCUCCGGAGUGUCACGAAGUGUGAUGAAUCUAAAAAUGAAAGGCAAAGUCUCGCAAACCCUUGUGACAUUGGGCUUAUCGCCAUUGUGCAAAUUUGCAAAGCUGUGCAACUCGAAUUUUGAAUUUUCGGUGAAGUUUUCGGAAGUGGUCCCAAGAAGUUAA